AUGGCAGCUGGAAAUGGGAAUUUCACAGCCAAGGCUCUGAGGCCCAAUGGGGAAUUCAGGGAUUUGACUCCCCAGUAUGUUGUGCUCUUUUUCUGUCCACGAUUCACCUUUGUCUGCCCUACGGAGAUCAUUGGUCGUGACGGAGUGGAUGAGUUUCACAAGAUCAACUGUGAAGUUGUUGGUGUCUCCACAGGUUCCCACUCCGCCCUGAUCAACACUCCUCAUAAACAAGGUGGUCUUGGCCACUGGUUGCUGACGAUGUAUUCCAUCUCCAGACACCACGGUGUUCUAAAGGGAGAUGAAGGAAUAUCUGACACAGGUCUUUUUAUCAUUGAUGACAAAGGAGGCCUGCAUCAGAUCACAGUCAAUGAUGCUCCAGUCGGUCGAUCUGUGGAUGGGACACUCAGGCUGGGGCAAGGCCUCCAACUCACUGACAAACAUGGAAGUUUGCCCUGCAGGAGGGAGGCCGGCAGUGAUACCAUCAAGCCUGAUGUGCAGGCCAGCAAAACAUUCUUUGAGCAACAGGCCUCGGCUCCUGCAUUUUGGACCAGAUCUGAGCACUGA